GAUAAAUACUCUGAUAGGACAGUCUUUCGAUGAAGAACGACACUACCGUGAAUUCGGAGCAGGAAAAGCUCUUAGAAAACGCCGUACGGGUUGUCAGGGCAGAGUCUCUGGAAAUGAAACGGUGUUUGGACAAAGGUGAGACCAUGGAUGCGCUGAAGCAUGCUUCACAAUUUCUGAGCGAACUAAAAACUAGUGAUUUGUCACCUAAAUUUUACUACAGACUAUAUAUGGAUGCAGUCAGUGAACUUCAGCACCUCGAGUCUUUCUUGGUUGAUGAACACGAACGAGACAAAACUAAAAUCGAAAAUCUCUAUGAAUGUGUGCAAUAUGCUGGUGCAAUAGUUCCAAGAUUAUAUUUACUCAUCACAAUCGGUGUAGUCUACAUCAAAUGUGGCGAAGAUACCCGUCGCAAUAUCCUUAGUGACCUUGUUGAAAUGUGCCGCGGUGUACAGCAUCCACUACGUGGUUUGUUCCUGAGAAACUAUCUGCUGCAGAGCACCAGGACAUUACUUCCGGAUAACCCCGAUCUAUCCAUGACAGAAGUGAAUGACUUGCCAGAAUCUGACAAAGAACCCCGUGAAUGCGACGGGAAUGUCACAGAUGCAGUGCAUUUUGUUCUGGUGAAUUUCGCAGAGAUGAACAAACUUUGGGUUCGGAUGCAACAUCAAGGUCCUUCCAGAGAGCGAGAGAAAAGAGAGAAGGAUAGGAUGGAAUUACGAAUACUGGUGGGAACAAAUCUCGUUCGUCUUUCUCAGCUGGAGAACCUCACGGAGGAAAUGUACGUCAAGGAAGUUCUGCCAAGUAUACUGGAGCAAGUAGUGUCUUGUCGGGAUCACAUAUCGCAGGAGUACCUCAUGGAAUGUGUCAUUCAAGUUUUCGGUGACGACUUCCAUUUAGCGACUUUGGGCGAAUUUUUGCGGGCAUGCGGUGACUUGGUACCGGAAGUUAAUGUCAAAAAUAUUCUGAUCGCUUUGAUCGAAAGGCUUGCACAUUUCGCUGCAAAUCCAGAAGGCAAAGGAAUACCUGCAGAGAUACACUUAUUUGACAUUUUCUCCGAGCAAGCCAAAAAUCUUGUGAAAAACCGACCUGACAUGCCACUAGAAGAUACCGUCUCUUUAUACGCUGCGCUGGUUAGCUUGGCCAUCAAAUGCUAUCCUGAGCGACCUGAAUUUGCUAACACAUCCUUUGGAAGCCUCAAGUGCAUACUCGAGGAGAAGAAGAAAACAGCUAUCGAACCAUUUGACGCCGUAGGACGUGAAUUAAUGAAGUUACUACGACUGCCAGUCGAUGAAUAUAACAACGCUUUGAAAGUAGCAGAACUCACAGAAUUUGUACCAGUCAUGGAGACUUUCAACUAUCGUGGGCGCUGCAUGGCUUCCUCGUAUAUUAUCCAGAAUAUGCUGGAGCAUGGAACUUUGAUGCGAUCCGAGGAAAAUGUUGCAGUCAUGUGUGCAGUUCUGCAUUCGGUACUUGUUGACCAACAGGAUCAACCUGCAAAUGCAACGGAGAACGAAGACUUCGAAGACGAGCAACAGCUAGUAGCACGGCUGGUCCACCUCAUACAAGCUGACACCCCAGAUGAACAGUUUUUGUUACUAAAUAAUGCGAGAAAGAUUUUGGGAGCUGGCGGAAAAGUUCGUAUCAGGUACACCCUUGCACCUAUUGUUUUUGAACUGUACAAGUUGAUUCUACGGUUUGUGGAUCUCAAGGAUGAGGAAAAUUGGGAGGCGAAAAUGCGCAAAAUGUUUAUGUGUGCAAUGGGAACAAUCGGCGCUUUGAUAACUACCGCAGAGAUGUCAGAGCUACCUCUCAAAUUAUAUCUGGAGGGAGCAAUGGUCGCGGACAAAGUCCCAAUGCCUGAUGCAGCAUCCGUGGUGUACGAGUUUAUUUCCAAGGCUAUGUCCGUGUUCGAAGAUGAAAUUGCGGAGUCACGCGAGCGGAUAAAUGCAAUGGCACUAAUAACUGGCACCAUGUUGGAAAUCCGUAAUCUUCCAUCAGAAAGCUGGCACACUUUAGCUGGACAGAUUGUGGUUGCUGCUUCAGCCAAAAUUUUCAAAAAGGCAGAUCAAGUUCGCACCCUCUGCACUGUAGCAGCUUUGUACUGGAAAGGUGUGACAGCUGACAAUGUUGGGCCUAUGAGAAACGGGGACAAAAUUGUGGAGAUCAUGAAGAAGGCUGCAAAGAUUGCUACACAGUGUUUGGAACCAAUCGUUCAACAGCAGCUCUUUAUACAGAUCAUAAAUACGCUGUUAUACUACUAUGAAGAUAAUUGCCUUGAGGUGACUGAAGAGAUGCUGGAAGAACUGAUAUCUCGAACGAAAGACAAUGCUGUCCAGCUUGAUGUCAGUGCCGAAGCAGAUGCCUUAGAGAAGCACUUCGCAAUGACACUGCAGCAUAUAAAACUUGCGAAGGAGAAGCGCCCAGGAAUCUUCAUCGAGUCGCACACUAUUGCUGCAAACAAGGAGGAAAAGAGCUCAACGAAACGUAGGAUCGAGCUAGGCCUGGAUUCUCUGCGUGUGAUUUUGGAGUCGGCGGUAUUGGAAGCAAGUGGGACUGGAAGAACGGCAAGCUGGUCGAAUCCCUUAUCGUUCGGUCGCUUUAUGACGCCGUCAGAUGACGUGAAUGCCUCCUGGGAUGCAUGGUCAUUGGCCACCCUGUUCCCAUUACGAGCCUAUCCCCUGCUUCCGCCAUGGUGGACAUUGCUGGCCAUCGUUGGCAUGGUCUUCGUGACGUGCCUUUACAUUGUGCAUGCAAUAGCAUACAGUUACAGUAGGUAUCGUCUUCAUCGAAUAGUUGAUUUUGAUGCGGAUGCGCCGGGCGUGUCGAUAUUGAAGCCCCUACUAGGAGUCGAUAGGAAUUUGAAGUCCAACUUGCAAUCUUUUUUCAACAUGAAGUUUCCGAAGUACGAGCUAUUGUUUUGUGUGAAAGAUCGGCAUGAUCCAGCUGUUAGCAUAGUGAAACAGUUGAUGGACCGUUACCCUGCCGUGGAUGCUCGCAUAUUUUAUGGAGGUGAAAACGUAGGGCUGAACCCAAAAAUCAACAACAUGAUGCCAGCAUAUCGCAAUGCAAAAUAUCCUCUCUUGAUGAUCAGUGAUUCAGGCAUCAUGAUGAGAGCUGACGCUCUUAUGGAUAUGGUGAACUCAAUGACAGAUGACGUAGCACUUGUUACCCAAAUGCCAUAUUGCAAAGACCGUGAAGGUUUUGCGGGAUGUUUAGAGCAGGUCUACUUUGGUACUGGUCAUGGACGAAUCUAUUUAGCAGGCAAUUGUCUGCAGUUUGUUUGCUCCACUGGAAUGUCUUCGCUCAUGAGAAGAUAUGUGUUGGAUGAUUGUGGAGGGCUAGAAAGCUUUGGAGACGUUUUGGCCGAAGAUUAUUUCAUCGGGAUAGAAUUCAGUCGGCGCGGUUGGCUCUCUGCGAUUUCCACUCAUCCGGCAUUGCAAAACAGUGCGGAUCCAUCUGUGUCGAAAUUCCAUGCAAGGAUCAGUCGUUGGAUGCAAUUACGGAUAGCUAUGCUUCCUCACAUGAUGCUUGUAGAACCAUUGCAGGACUGUUUUGUGGCGGGUUUGAUCGGUUGUCUUUGCGCCAAUCACCUCUUCGAUAUUAAUCCGUUUCUUUACUACAUCAUCCAUUGCACAGCUUGGUGUCUGAGCGACAAUGCACUGAAUCGAUCCAUACAGAAUGGGAAGCUCCCAUACAGUUUCCCCGCCUUCGUAAGGGCCUGGGCAUUUCGAGAAUUGCUCUCGCCAUUCAUCUACAUUCGUGCAAUACUGACGCCUAAUAUCCAUUGGAGAAAUGGUCGAUUCCGGUUGCAUUGGGGCGGAAAGAUCAAGUCUUCAUAAAGCAGGUUUCGUCAUCAUGACUCACUUCUAUCCAGCUUUACCAUUUCACUUUUAUGAGUAGAAAGGUGACGUUUAUAUAUUGCUGUUAUGUGCUUUGGAUCUUUAUCGUUAUGCUUGUGCAUUAAUAAUUUUAUAGCAUAUGAAAGUGAGAAUAAUGUCAUAUCCUUCCUACGGUGGUGAUUUCACUUCAGUUCCAUAUCAUCGUAUAUUUUUCCCACCUCUAUUUAUGAAGCCACAUUGGAGUUUUGCUCAUGCGUGUACAAAUUUGCCUUCAGUGACAGAGUAUAUCAAAACUAAAUGACUUAUCAGUCGUUGUUUGUAUCCUGGUUAUGUUGUGACGGUAACUCUGUUAACUCACUCUCGUUUGUAUCUCUUGAAAUCGCAGUGAUCGAAGUUUGUCUUUUUGUGAUAAUUCCCAUGAUGAUCAUGACUUCGCGCAAACUAGUCAGUCUGACAGACUUUUCUAUCGGUUUGCUAUCUGGUGUAGGAAGUCAUUGCAAAUGGGAGGAAAAAUUGGAAAUGGAUUAGUCUUUCGUGUUUUUCAUCCACCCUUCACAAUGAAUCAUUCAUAAUUUUGCUUUGCUUUGUUGAAAGCAAGCCCUUAAAUAGCAAUGAGCAACCCUGUUGAUAUGUGGUUUGGUUAGCGUGUGUUGUAGAAGGUAUCCUUUCUUGUUUGCCAUGUUUCCUUCCCACCCUUUCCGUCGUUUCUUAACGAACAUAACAGCGGGUAGUCAUGGUCUUCAAU